GGAAUUUAGGUAUGCAGAUAUGGAGAUCUGUUUCCUCUGCGUGGAUGGUACCAUACAAAGUCUGAACUGGGAAAGAAGAAAUAAGUGUGGCUGAGAGGGUGCAGUAAAUAAUUGUCCUAUGCCACAGCCAUUAGCAUUCACACACUCUCAGAUCUAUAUAUUAGGGCGUCGGUGAUCCAUUCCCAUUCCACAGCAAUCUUCUUCUUCUUCUUCUUCUGAUUCGAUUUCUUCAGAAUGUCGUUGGGUAGAUUGGAUUCGUGGAAGCAGCAGUACUACAGCACGAGCGGGGUGGUGGUGGGUUACGCACUGUGUUCGAGCCUUCUCGCCAUAAUCAACAAAUACGCCAUCACCAAAUUCAACUACCCAGGACUCUUAACGGCCCUCCAAUACCUCACCUCCGCGCUCGGCGUCUACGUCCUGGGGAAGCUAGGGAUUCUCCACCAUGACCCCUUCACAGUCCCCACCGCGAAGAAAUUCUUCCCCGCCGCCCUCGUCUUCUACCUCGCCAUCUUCACCAACACCAACCUCCUCCGCCACGCCAACGUCGACACCUUCAUCGUCUUCCGUUCCCUCACCCCUCUCCUCGUUGCCCUCGCCGACACGGCCUUCCGUGGCCAGCCCUGCCCCUCCAACCUCACCUUCCUCUCCCUCCUCCUCAUCCUCGCCUCCGCCGUCGGCUACGUCGCCACCGACUCCGGCUUCACCCUCACCGCCUACUCAUGGGCCUUCGCCUACCUCAUCACCAUCACCACCGAGAUGGUCUACAUCAAACACAUGGUCAUGAACCUCGGUCUCAACACNCUUUUGAAGAUCUAUCAAUAUUAA